AUGGAAGCCAGGAGGCAUUCGCGGGCCGGGAACUCGUCGGAGCGGGCAUAUCAACGCACCUACAAGGCCUGCAUCCCCUGCCGGCAAAGAAAGGCUAAAUGUGACCUGGGCGAACUUCCAGAUGGGACUCCUAUGGGGCCUCCUUGUGCCAAAUGCCGAAGAGAGCAGAGACAAUGUGUGUUUAGUGAGUCCCGGGCUUGGGAAAGGAAGAAAAAGCGAGUGUCGCCAGACAAUAGUACGGCCUUUACCCCGAACACGCGCAGAAAAGUGUCCAACACCCGAUCUAAUGACGAGGAGCGGGUAGUUCGACAACGCGAUCAGACCCCAAAUACCUAUACCGACGGCUAUACUGAAAAUGGAAUAUCCUCACACAGACCAUAUAUUACAGAACGCCGGAAUACCCGCCAGCAGUCGGCAUCCACACUGGAUAACUCUAUGAUGCGUACUGUGGUAUCUAGUGGAAAUGAUGCACUCAACAUCCUCUUUGAAGCAGCAGCUCAUAGCCAAGAUGCCGACUUGACCGAACAGGGCAUGCACCCUGGGAAUACACCCGGUCGUCCAGCCUACGGGGUAAGCCAUGAGAGCCCGUUCAGUCAGAUGCACUCGGCGGCUCGGCCAGCGGAAAUAUCCAAUGCAUCGAACGAGGUGCUUAGUACCUGGGAAGCAUGCCGAUUCGUGAUGAUGGGAUGGUUUACCUCCAGGGAAGCCGUCACUCUUAUUGAUCUGUUUUUCAAGAACAUGUCCUCAUUGUCGCCGAUCUUGACCGAUUUCUAUGCAGACCACCGGCAUCAUCGUGAACUAAUUACGUGUGAUCCUGUUUUGUGUUGCGCCAUAUUGAUGCUAUCUUCGCGUUAUCAUAUCUUACCUGGACCAGGCGGCGAGUCUAGAAACUUUUUUAUUCACCAUCGUCUGUGGCAACACUGCCAGCAGCUAGUUACACGGCUUAUAUUUGGACAAGAAAGGACUGUGAACUCUCAACUUCGAAGAAUUGGAACCAUCGAAGCUCUUUUACUGAUGUCCGAGUGGCACCCCCGGUCUCUCCAUUUCCCGCCGGAAAGCGACGGAUGGGACACCGAUCUUAUUAUAAAAGCUCCGCAACCUCGGGGCGAGGAUGGCUUGCCAAAGAACCGAUUCCUAGAGGACAUCAUUGAACCAUCGAAGAGAUCUGACCAGAUGUCUUGGAUGCUUCUUGGAGCUGCACUGUCCCUCUCCCACGAGUUGGGAAUCUACGAGUUGGACGAGAAUAAUCGGAGCUGGUCGCUGGCGUACGAGGGAUGUAUUCCUAGCGACCAGAUUAAACUCCGGCGACAGCGAGUUCAGAGGCUUCUCUACGUUUAUAUCAAUCAGCUCGCGUGGCGCAUAGGAUGUGUAUCCCUGAUGCCACAGAGCUUAAACCAUGCAAUCCUAAACCGACAGACAUCCAGAAAUCUAAGACACUACAGUGACCAAUGGCUAGCAUUUAUGGAUUCUUGGAUGGAUCUCACUAAACUUGCAAAAUCUGUAACAGACAUGUUUUUCCCGUCUGCGGAUUUUGCCCGACAGCAGUUACAUAGUGGUCGGUAUAUUGACCUUCUGGACCACUUUCGCCCGCUCCUACUCAAGUGGGAGCAAGAGCAUCUUCGCCGCGAAGUGCUUGAUAAACGAUUCUAUAACGACCUCUUUAUUGAGUACCACUUUGUCCGAGCUUACACUCAUUCGAUUGGCAUGCAAGCGGUUGUGGAGCGUGCUUUUGCGGAUAGUGACCCCAACAUUGAAAUACGUGCUACGAAUAUUGACCCGGUCGAUUAUGAAUACAUUCAAGAAGUUAUCGAGGGGUGUUGCCAGGUAUUACAGAAAGCUAGCGAACUGGGAGAAGCUGGAGCUUUGAAAUUUUCCCCAGUCCGUAUUUUCAUUCGAACUACAACCUCUUCUAUCUUUUUGAUGAAGGCAUUGAGCAUUGGGACGCGCCAUGCGAAACUGCGCGAGUCUCUCGAUAUCCUUGAACGCUGCAUUCAGGCAAUGAAGUCCAACGCUUUGGAUGAUAUUCACCUAGCAACUCGAUAUGCUGCGUUACUCGAGACACAUGUCUCACGCUUGCGACGGAAUCUGCUCGCAUCCUCCAAGGCUUCAAGAAACAGCUAUGGAUAUACUACGAGCUCGUCAUUGGCUCCCCAACAAGAUUCCGAAACGGAAGACAAUACGCCAACGAUGGGUGUGCCUGUUGCUCAGCCAAUUCCCGAAUUAGGGUUUGUGCCAUCAUUCGACGAUCUAGGUGCUGACGACUGGCUUUCCUUGCCCUUUGACCCUUCCAUGGCUCCUUUCGGCAUGAGCAGCGGAGGACAAUUCCCAGCGUAUGAAGGGGACACCUUGAACUUUAUUUGGAACCUGCCAUCCUGA